AUUAAAUCCUCUGAUUUUCUCUCACACUCUUGCCAACGCCGAAGGGGUAAAAAAAAGGGUCACUUUUCUUAGGGUUCAACAAUGGAUGGGGAGAGAGAAAAGGAGAUGCAGAAGGAAGGAAUAGCAUCAAUAGCACUUUUGCCAUGUGGGUCUAUCACUGGACAUUUCAUUCAGCUUCCUCAGUCUAUCUGCUAUGGCCUCCAUGGCACUGAGCUGGCAUGUGAAACCGAGUGCAGCCAUGGUGACGAUUAUCGACUGAUCAAGCUCACCAUCAUAGACUACAUCAGCAAGAAGGAGCGAGCAGUUGUAGUGGAGUGCAAAGGUCAUGAUGCUGCCCGAAUCCAUGACAUCGACCAUGCUCAUGGUUGGGAGAAAGAUGUUAUAGAUUUGAUUGAGCAGAAGCAUGGCAAGAAGAAGAUAUCCAUUUCUUUCGAGUGUGAGACAUUGAAGGCGGAGAAAGCAGCCGAGGAACAUGUCAAGCAGUUCAUGCCCAAGUUAGCCGGGCUAGAUGUCAUUAUUAACAUAGGACCGAUGAAGAUUUCAGGGCUUGAUUUUAUGGCGGAGGAGGAAUCUGGGUUAAAGCAAGGACAUGCAGCCUGAGAGAGAACCCAUUGUCAUAUUUUACCUCAGUUUCUGUACAUGUCAUAGAGUGGAUUUUGUCUUAUGUCACAUAGCACAUAACCCAUAACCUGUUUGCUGUGGCAUUUGGACCAUCAAGAGAGACAACCAAGAAGCUGUUGGAUCUGUCAAAUUGAUUGAAUUUCCAAGAAAUGCAGUUGCAGGACAUAA